GCAGGAGGCCUUGCAGGGCGGCGGGGCGCGGGGCUGGCCUGGGACACCCGAGGCCUCGGGGUUCCCAGGGUGACGGCCGGCUACCGGCGCCACCAUGGCCAGUGGCAGUGGCAGCAGUCAAGGGAGCGACGAUGAGGACGAGGAAAGUCUGAAGAAGUUGCUGGUCAGGCUAAACAACGUUCAGGAGGGCAAACAGAUCGAGACGCUGGUGCAGAUCCUGGAGGACCUACUGGUGUUCACGUACUCGGAGCGCGCCGCCAAGUUGUUUGCCGGCAAAAGCUUCCACGUGCCGCUCCUGAUCGUGCUGGACUCGUACAUGAGGGUCGCGAGCGUGCAGCAGGUGGGUUGGUCACUUCUGUGCAAACUAAUUGAAGUCUGUCCAGAUACAAUGCAAAGCUUGAUGGGGCCCCAGGAUGUUGGCAAUGAUUGGGAGGUGCUCGGAGUUCAUCAGCUGAUUCUGAGAAUGCUCACGGUGCACAAUGCUAGUGUCCGCCUCCUGACAGUGGGGCUCAAGGCCUUGGAGCUCCUCCUGACUUCAGGUAAAAUCACUUUGCUGAUCCUGGAGGAAGAGAGCGACAUUUUCCUGUUGAUAUUUGAUGCUAUGCGCACAUUCCCAGCCAAUGAUGAGAUCCAGAAGCUUGGCUGCAAAGCGCUGCACGUGCUGUUUGAGAGAGUCUCUGAGGAACAGCUCACUGAGUUUGUUGAGAACAAAGACUACAUGGUGCUGCUUAGCACAUUAAAAAGCUUUCACGACGAAGAGGAAAUUGUCCUGCAUGCAUUGCACUGUCUACACUCGCUGGCCAUUCCCUGCAACAACGUGGAAGUUCUCAUGAGCGGCAAUGUCAGGUGUUACAACAUUGUGGUGGAAGCCAUGGAAGCAUUCCCUCUCAGUGAGAAGAUUCAAGAAGUGAGUUGCUGCUUACUCCACAGGUUGACACUAGGCAAUUUUUUCAACAUCCUGGUGUUAAACGAGGUGCACACGUUUGUGGUGAGAGCCGUGCGGCGGUAUCCCCAGAACGCGACGCUGCAGAUCUCGGCCCUUGGCUGCCUCGCACUGCUCACUGAGACGAUUUUUUUAAAUCAAGACCUAGAGGAUAAGAGUGAGACUCAAAAUGGCGAGGAGGAGGAGGAGGAAGACAAGCUGUUCUGGCUGGAAGCCUGUUACAAAGCACUCACAGGGCACAGGAAGAACAAACAUGUGCAGGAGGCGGCGUGCUGGGCCCUGAACAACCUUUUGAUGUACCACAGCAGCCUGCAUGAGAAGAUAGGCGAUGAGGAUGGCCAGCUCCCAGCGCACAGGGAGGUGAUGCUGUGCAUGCUGAUGCACUCCUCAUCAAAGGAAGUGUUCCAGGCAUCUGCAAACGCACUCUCGACCCUCUUAGAGCAGAACGUUAAUUUCAGAAAGAUACUACUGUCCAAAGGGAUCUACCUCAAUGUUCUGGACUUGAUGCAGAGGCAUGCACAUUCUCCAGAAGUGGCUGAGAGUGGCUGCAAGAUGCUCAACCACCUGUUUGAAGGCAGUAAUAUUUCCCUGGAUACAAUGUCAGCGGUGGUCCCCAAAAUCAUCACAGUUAUGAGAAGCCAUGAGCCAUCAUCACCCGUGCAGCUGGAGGCACUUCGAGCUAUUUUACAUUUUAUAAUGCCAGGCAUACCGGAAGACUCCAGAGAGGAGACGGAAUGUCAGCGGAACCUAAAUGUGGUGAGAAGGCAGUGUUUCAGGAGUGACAUCCACAAAUUGGUUCUGGCAGCUUUGAACAGGUUCAUUGGGAAUCCUGGGAUUCAGAAAUGUGGAUUGAAAGUAAUAGCUUCAAUAGCACACGUACCUGAUGCCCUGGAGGUGCUGUCCCUGGAUGGGGCCAUUGACUCGGUGCUCCACACGCUGCAGAUGUACCCGGAUGACCAAGAAAUUCAGUGUCUUGGUUUAAGUCUCAUAGGAUGCUUGAUGACCAAGAAGAAUGUGUGCACAGGAGCUGGGCAUCAACUGGCAAAAAUUCUUGUUUCCAGUUUACAGCGAUUUAAGGAUGUUCCUGAGGUGCAGGUGAAGGGGUUCCUGGCCAUCUUGGCAAUACUUGAACUGUCAGUGUCUUUUUCCAAGUUGUUGGUCCACCAUUCAUUUGAUUCCGUGAUAUUCCAUCAGAUGUCUUCCAGUAUUACAGAACAAAAGGACCAACAGCUCCUGAACCUCUGUUGCAAGAGUUUUGCCAAGUUAGCCCUGGAUGAUGAGCUGAAGGGAGCAAUGCUGCAGCGGGCCUGCGACCAGAACAGCAGUGUCAUGGUGGAGUGCCUGCUGCUCCUGGGAGCGGACGCCAACCAAACCAAGGAGGGCACUUCCUUAAUCUGCCAGGUCUGUGAGAAAGAGAGCAGUCCCAGACUGGUGGAGCUGCUGCUCAACAGCGGGUCCCGGGAGCAGGAUGUGCGCAGGGCACUGGCCAUCAGCAUCCGGAAGGGCGACAGCCAGGUCAUCAGCCUGCUCUUGAAGAGGCUGGCCCUGGAUCUGGCUAACAACAGCAUCUGCCUUGGGGGAUUUGGCAUCGGCAAGAUUGAGCCUUCUUGGCUUGUUCCUCUGUUUCCAGAUAAGACGUCUAACUUAAGGAAGCAGACAAAUAUAGGAGCUGUACUAGCGAGAAUGGUUCUGCGAUACCAGAUGAAAAGUACGGUGGAGGAGGGAGCCUCCCCAGGCGGUGAGGAAAACUUUUCUGAGAGUGUCCUGGACAAGUUCGAUGAGUGGGCUUUCAUUCCCGACUCCUCGAUGGACAGUGUGUUUGGUCAGAGUGACGAUCUGGACAGUGAAGGAAGUGAGGGCUCACUUCUUAUGAAAAAGAAAUCAAAUUCAAUUAGUGUGGGAGAGUUUUGCCGGGAUCCUGGAUUGCAACGCUGCUCCCCGAAUCUGCCCAGGCAUUCCAGUUCACUGGGACCCUUUUUUGAUCAGGAAGAUGUACAGAGGCGGAAAAAAAUCUGGUCGUCCGAUGAAUCGUCCAGGUCCACCAGGCUCCAGCCCCACGUGAGGCAGUCAGAGAGCACGUCUUCCCUGGUGUCCGAGAGGGAGUACAUCACGUCUCUUGACCUCUCGGCCAACGAGCUCCGGGACGUGGACGCCCUCAGCCACAGGGGCUGCCUGAGCACCCACCUGGAGCACCUGGAGAGGCUGGAGCUGCAGCAGAAUGCACUCGCCAGCUUCCCCCAGCCGCUCUGUGAGACCCUGAAGUGUUUGACACACUUGGACUUGCACAGUAAUAAAUUUACGUCAUUUCCCCCUUACUUGUUGAAAAUGAGCUGCAUCUCCAACCUCGACGUCUCUCGCAAUGAGAUUGGGCCCUCCAUAGUCUUGGAUCCCACGGUGAGGUGUUUGACGCUGCGGCAGCUGAAUCUGUCCUAUAACCAGCUGUCAGCUAUCCCGGAGAGCCUCCCGGAGGUGGCGGAGAGAUUGGAGCAGCUCAUCUUAGAAGGAAAUAAAAUAGCAGGCAGGUGUUCUCCAUUGAGCCUGAAGGAGCUGAAGAUUUUAAACCUCAGUAAAAACCUCAUUUCAUCCCUCCCAGAGAACUUUCUGGAGGCUUGUCCUAAAGUGGAGAGUUUCAGUGCCAGAAUGAAUUUCCUUGCCGAUAUGCCUUUCUUGCCUUCCUCUGUGACAAGCAUCAAGUUAUCUCAGAACAAAUUUACAAGUGUUCCAGAAGCAAUCUUAAAUCUUCCACACUUGCGGUCCCUGGACAUGAGCAGCAAUCAGAUUCAGCACCUGCCAGGCCCUGCACACUGGGCGUCCUCCAACUUAAGGGAACUAUUGUUUAGCUCUAACCAGAUCAGCGUCUUGGACCUGAGUGAAAAGGCGCAAGCCUGGUCCAGAGUGGAGAAGCUGCACCUGUCCCAGAAUAAACUGAAAGAGCUUCCUCCUGAGAUUGGCUAUCUGGAAAACCUCACCUCCCUGGAUGUCAGCUACAACUCGGAACUCAGAUCCUUUCCCAACGAAAUGGGGAAGUUGAGCAAAAUAUGGGAUCUCCCUCUGGAUGAACUGCGUCUUAAUUUUGAUUUCAAACAUAUAGGAUGCAAAGCCAAAGACAUCAUCAGGUUUCUCCAACAGCGGCUAAAAAAGGCCGUGCCCUACAACCGAAUGAAGCUCAUGAUCGUGGGCAACACUGGGAGUGGCAAAACCACGUUGCUGCAGCAGUUGAUGAGAGCCAAGCGAGCGGACGUUGGCAUGCAAGGCGCCACUGUCGGCAUCGACGUGAAGGACUGGCACAUUCAGAUCAGGGGCAGAGGGAGAAGGGACCUUGUGCUGAACGUCUGGGACUUCGCAGGGCGAGAGGAGUUCUACAGCACGCACCCCCACUUUAUGACACAGCGUGCACUGUAUCUUGCUGUCUAUGACCUCAGCAAGGGACAGGCUGAAGUUGAUGCCAUGAAACCCUGGCUCUUCAACAUAAAGGCACGAGCGUCGUCUUCACCGGUGAUCCUCGUGGGCACACACUUGGACGUUUCGGACGAGAAGCAGCGCAAGGCCUGCAUUGGCAAAAUCACCAAGGAGCUCCUGAAUAAGCGAGGAUUCCCCGCCAUCCGGGACUACCACUUCGUCAACGCCACCGAGGAAUCCGACGCUCUGGCCAAACUCCGGAAGACCAUCGUCAACGAGAGCCUGAACUUUAAGAUCCGAGAUCAGCCUGUUGUUGGGCAGCUGAUUCCAGAUUGCUACGUCGAACUUGAGAAAAUCAUUUUAUCCGAACGUAAAAAUGUGCCAAGCGAAUUUCCUGUAAUUGACCGGAAACGAUUAUUACAGCUGGUGAAAGAGAGUCAGCUGCAGUUGGACGAAAACGAGCUUCCUCACGCCAUCCAUUUCCUCAAUGAAUCAGGCGUCCUUCUUCAUUUCCAAGACCCGGCACUGCAGUUGAGUGACUUGUAUUUUGUGGAACCCAAAUGGCUCUGCAAAGUCAUGGCCCAGAUUUUGACGGUGAAAGUGGAAGGCUAUCCUAAACAUCCUAAGGGAAUUAUUACACGUAGAGACGUGGAGAAAUUUCUUUCGAAGAAAAGGAGAUUUCCAAAGAACUACAUGACACAGUAUGUUAAACUCCUAGAAAAAUUCCAGAUUGCCUUGCCAAUAGGAGAAGAGUAUUUGCUGGUUCCAAGCAGUCUGUCUGACCACCGGCCAGUCAUCGAGCUUCCGCACUGCGAGAACUCCGAGAUCAUCAUCCGACUCUAUGAAAUGCCUUAUUUCCCGAUGGGAUUUUGGUCAAGGUUAAUCAACCGGUUGCUUGAGAUUUCACCUUACAUGCUUUCAGGAAGAGAGCGCGCACUCCGCCCCAACAGGAUGUACUGGCGCCAGGGCAUCUACUUGAACUGGUCUCCGGAAGCUUACUGCCUCGUGGGAUCCGAAGUCGUGGACUCUCACCCAGAGAGCUGCUUACAGAUCACUGUGCCUUCAUGCAGGAAAGGCUGCAUUCUGCUGGGCCAAGUCGUGGACCACAUAGAUUCUCUCAUGGAGGAAUGGUUUCCUGGCUUGCUGGAGAUUGACAUUUGUGGUGAAGGAGAAACUCUGCUGAAGAAAUGGGCUUUGUAUAGCUUCAAUGAUGGUGAAGAACAUCAAAGAAUCUUGCUGGAUGACUUGAUGAAGAAAGCCGAAGAAGGAGACCUCCUGGUAAAUCCUGACCAACCCAGACUCACCAUUCCCAUAGCUCAGAUUGCCCCCGACUUGAUCCUGGCUGAUCUACCUAGGAACAUUAUGUUGAAUAACGAUGAGCUGGAAUUCCAACAGGCGCCAGAGUUCCUCUUAGGCGAUGGCAGUUUCGGAUCCGUGUACCGGGCGGCCUACGAGGGAGAAGAAGUGGCGGUGAAGAUUUUCAACAAGCACACGUCGCUCCGGCUGCUGAGACAGGAGCUGGUGGUGCUCUGCCACCUGCACCACCCCAGCCUGGUCUCACUGCUGGCGGCUGGCAUCCGCCCUCGCAUGCUGGUGAUGGAGUUGGCUCCCAAGGGCUCCUUGGAUCGGCUGCUACAGCAGGACAAGGCCAGCCUCACCAGGACGCUGCAGCAUCGGAUCGCCCUCCACGUGGCCGACGGCUUGAGGUACCUGCACUCGGCCAUGAUCAUCUACCGGGACCUGAAGCCACACAAUGUUCUUCUCUUCACCCUGUACCCCAAUGCUGCCGUCAUUGCCAAGAUUGCCGACUAUGGCAUCUCCCAGUACUGCUGCAGGAUGGGCAUCAAGACCUCUGAGGGCACGCCAGGGUUUCGUGCACCUGAAGUUGCCAGAGGAAAUGUCAUUUAUAACCAACAGGCUGAUGUUUAUUCAUUUGGUUUGCUGCUUUAUGACAUUCUGACCGCUGGAGGUAGGAUAGUGGAGGGCUUGAAGUUUCCCAAUGAGUUUGAUGAAUUAGCAAUACAAGGAAAGCUGCCCGAUCCAGUUAAGGAGUACGGCUGCACCCCGUGGCCCAUGGCUGAGAAGUUAAUUAAAAAAUGUUUGAGAGAGAAUCCUCAAGAAAGGCCUACUUCUGCCCAGGUCUUUGACAUUUUGAAUUCAGCUGAGCUGAUCUGUCUGAUGAGACACAUUCUGAUCCCGAAGAGUGUGACUGUUGAGUGCCUGGUGGCUUCAAACCCCGGCAGCAAAAGUGCGAGCAUCUGGCUGGGCUGCAGCCACACUGACAGGGGACAGCUCUCGUUUCUCGACUUGAACACGGAAGGACACACAACGGAGGAAGUUACUGACAGUAGAGUCUUGUGCUUGGCCUUGGUCUACCUUCCUGUUGAAAAGGAAAGCUGGAUUGUGUGUGGAACUCAGUCUGGGACCCUUCUGGCCAUCAGCACGGAGGAUGGGAGGAGGAGACACAACCUGGAGAAGAUGACAGACUCUGUCACCUGCUUGUACUGCAAUGCCUUCCCUAAGCAAAGCAGGCAAAAAAACUUUCUUCUGGUGGGAACUGCUGAUGGCAAGCUAGCGAUUUUUGAAGACAAGACUGUGAAGUGUGAAGGGGCCGCACCUUUGAAGAUACUCAGCAUAGGCAAUGUGAGCACCCCACUGAUGUGUCUGAGUGAAUCCAUGAAUUCAACGGAAAAAAACACAGUGUGGGGAGGAUGCGGCACAAAGAUUUUCUCGUUGUCUCAUGAUUUCACCGUCCAGAAACUCAUUGAAACCAAGACAAAUCAAUUGUUUUCUUAUGCAGCUUUCGGUGACUCCAACAUCAUAGCAGUGGCGGUGGACACGGCUCUCUACAUUGCUAAGAAAAACAGCCCUGUUGUGGAAGUGUGGGAUAAGAAAACGGAAAAACUGUGCGAGCUGAUAGACUGCGUGCACUUCUUAAAGGAGGCAGUGGUGAUGGUGAACCAGGAGUUGAAGCACAAACUGCUGUACUCUGGGCGAGUGAAGGCGCUCUGCCUGCAGAAGAACACGGCGCUCUGGAUAGGCACCGGCGGCGGCCACAUCCUGCUGCUGGAUCUUUCUACACGGCGCAUGAUCCGCAUCAUCUACAACUUCUGUGACUCUGUGCGAGUCAUGACGACCGCGCAGUUAGGCAACCUUAAGAAUGUCAUGCUGGUCCUGGGAUACAACCGGAAAAGUGCUGAAGGUAGGCAGUCACCCAAAAAAAUACAAUCUUGCUUGUCUAUUUGGGACACCAAUCUUCCGCACGAAGUACAAAAUUUAGAGAAACACAUUGAAGUGAGGAAAGAAUUAGCUGAGAAAAUGAGAAGAACAUCUGUCGAGUAAGAGGGAGAUAAGGAAUCUAAGGACGAGAAACUCUGGUUCUCCUGUAAAUACUGAUUUCAAAAUGUUUACACUGAGAAGGGCAAUUCCGCCCUGGAAGGAGCGUCUGUGUACACAAGGGAUGUGGAGACUGGAAGGAAAAAGAUAAGUUUAUGUCAUUGUAGAAAAUUGCGAUCCGUGCUUUCAAGGGGUCUCCAGGAAGUUCGUGGAAACAUGUUAGGUGAAGAAAAAGGCAUGGAUUUCAAUUUUUUUGUGCCAAAGUCAAUUAUCUUUUAAUUUCAGUUUUUAUGCAAACUCCUUUAAGUAUUUUGAUUUUUUAAUUAUUUAAAUCUUUGUAAAAAUAGUUAUUAGUGAAAGUAUGUUUUAAGGGACUAUUUAAAAAACCAGUGUUAUAUAGUCUUGUAUAUGCUAAUUGAUUUGGUAAGUUAAAUCAUGAAAAGAAAUGUAUGAAAUACUCGCAGUACUCGUAGGAUAGUUUACAAAGUUAGCUCUGUUUCCUCUUCUUGAUGGAGGCUAAUUUUAUUUUAAAUUCUGGGUUUCAGACAGGACUGGUGCCUGCUUGCUUUCUUAAGAUUCUACAAAGUAGAAUGAAAUAGAGCUGUUUUUCCUAUAUCCUUCCUCCAGUUGCUUUUAAAUGUGUUGCCUUAGACAAGUGGAGUUGCACUGAUAAAACCCUUGGUGGGGGAAUGGCAGUUCUCUUUGCUCCCAGAUGAAGCAGGUCGCCUCACAGCACUUGGUUGUACCUGAAAGAAGUCACCAAAGUCUGAUGGAAGAACAUGACCUAGCAUCCUCCUGGUGAUGUGUGGGACAGACAUGGCUGCAUGGUGGCUACCCGAGAUUUCCGACAACAUCAGGCAAGCACUGUCCUGGGGACGAGUGGGUUCUGCUGACCAGAAUGUAACUUCCAGCCUUGGCUGGUGUAAGUAUGCUGUUCAUUUCCUCAAGGCACUGGGAUGCUUCAUUCACUAAGGUUCUCAGUGGGAAGGCACCCUCUCGGCAGGUGUAUCUCUGGUUUCUACUCCCGUUUCCUCUGAACACAUCACCUUACACACCCUUCAUGACAUACACAGAAACCCUGACAAGUGCGAGGACGCUUCCCAAAGUAUGCGGGGAAUUAAAAGGCAAGUUUGUUUGAGUGUGACAGGUUUUUAAAAGUAUACAUAUUUUUCCAUAGUAUGUAUCCCCGUGGAUUUUUGAGAUUGCUUGUAUGCAUGGGUUCAAGCAUUUCUGCAUCAGAUAUUUUUCAGAGAUGUGAAAACACAGUGAGGUAGAAUAGCCAUUUAUAUCUAUGCUCCCCGAACGUCUGCAGUGAUGAGAGCUGGGGUGCGGCUGGGGCCAGGCCCAGAUACUUGGUCCCCCAAAUGGAUGGUGGGAGGCCACCUGAGCCAUGCCUUCUUUGCUCCAUGAUUGUUGUUACAAAGGAAAGAGUUAGGGGCUAGACCUGAGAAGUCAUCCAACUACCCCAGUUUGGAAGGUCGGGCAGCUCAACCACUAGGCUAAAUAUCUGAUUCCCAGAUAAAUGUAACUUUUUCUGAUAUUUUCCCCCCACCAACUUUUUGAAGUGUCCUUGACUGUCCUAUGUAGCACUCUGCAUGUUGCUGAAGAAGAAAGUGAUUUUGGCUGCGAUAGGUUGAAACACACACUGACCUAGUCUCCCAAAUGAUACCCACAUUGGUUAAAUAUCUUCCCACAGGAGGAGCAUCAAGGCAGACUCCCUGUUUAAUAAAAUAAUUUGAGUGUCAUUUCAGCUUUAAGAAAAACAUUUCUGGUAAAUCCUUUUGUCCUGGUCAGUAUUCAUCAUUUUAAACAUUUCCCUAUGAUAAGAUUACCAGUCUGAUUAAUAGGACAACUAAUCUAAUUAAUAAGAUUAAGAGUCAGAUUAUUACUCUUAGAACUGACAUUUUGGAAUUUUCUUUAUAUUAAGAGUAAUGAAAUUCACAAACCUGAAAAAUGCCCCAACUUUCAAAGGGACCUGGGCCUUGUUACAUUAUUAACAAGAAAAAAGUGCAAAUUGGGGAUGGAGGUUUCUGCUCCUGGUUUGUCUCUCAUUAUUUUGUAUAUAUAUUAUAUAGGCAGGUUUUUUAAAAACAAUGACAAUCGUGGAAAAUAUGUAAAUCAACACUGUAUUUGAAUGAAAUAAACAUUUUAAAAAGCAUGUCUGUGCAUUUUACAACUUGGUGGUAAUGUUUUACUUGCAUAUCUGUGUAAUCCUGCUCAUCUGAAAGUUUGCUUUGAUUUGUGUAUGGAAUAUUUGCAUUUUAGGAAAGUGCCAAAGAAAUAUUUUUCUUGAGGAUUUAUAGGAUAUUUGAAUUUAAAUUUAUGGGAUAUUUUCUGUAAUACAAAAUUACCAGGACUUCAGGAGGAAGUCUGAUAGGCAUGACAUAUUUUUAAUUCUCAUAACAAUUUUUUGUAAUGUUUGCUCUUGAAUGUGAAGACAAAAAAUAACUUUAUAAUAAAUGGUGUAUA